CUUUAAUUUAGCCUCUUUCAAAAUGGUCACCCUUGAAAAGAAGAAGAAGACCAAAAGAUCAGUGGAAGCAGUCAUUGCAGAGGCCAAAAGUGCGGUCGUAGAACCAGCAAAACCCGCCAAGAAAAAGAAGAAAUCAGUCCCUGUGGCUGUGGAGGUUGCCGCUCCUGUAAAGAAAGUGAAGAAAGCAAAGGCCGUAGAAACACCUGCGCCUGUCCCGGUUAAGAAAACCAAGAAAGCCAAGGCUAAUGGAGCCGCAGCUGCUGGUAACGGUGCCGCAGCCGCUCCAGUGAAGAAAGCCAAGAAGAAGGCCGCCCCUAAACCACCUACUCCACCACCAGCUGAAUCAAGCUCUGAGGAAGAGAGCUCUUCAGAUGAGGAGGAAGAAGCAGCUCCAGUAGCCGCCGCCCCUGCCUCAGGUUUAGUAGCUCCUGCUAAAGAGGAAUCCAGCAGCGAAGAAUCAGACAGCGACGAAGAAAUCAGUAAAGCAGAUGCCAUAAAACAAGCUGCUGCUGUCGCUGUCAAGGAAGAAUCCAGCUCCGAGGAAGAAUCUAGCUCUGAAGAAGAGGAAGAAGCUGCCGCCCCAGCUCCAGUCCCUGCUCCUGCUGCUGAAGAAUCUUCAUCUGAGGAAGAAUCUAGUGACGAAGAAGCAGCACCUGCUGUUGUAGCUGCUCCAGCAGCGGAGGAAUCUUCUUCAGAAGAAGAGUCUAGUGAUGAGGAAAUGGAAGUAACACCAGCUCCCGCUGCUGCUGAAGAAUCUUCAUCAGAGGAGGAAUCUAGUGAUGAGGAGGAAUCAGCCGCUCCUGUAGCAGCUGUCCCAGCCGCCAAGGAAGAAUCCAGCUCAGAAGAGGAAUCCAGUGAAGAUGAGGAAGAAGUUGCUGCACCCGCUGUAGUUGCUGCACCAGCCGCCGAGGAGGAGUCCAGCGAAGAAGAGAGUAGUGAUGAAGAGGAGGAGGCUGCUGCACCAGUAGCUGCACCCGCCGCCGAAAAAGAAUCCAGCUCAGAAGAAGAAAGCAGCGAGGAAGAAUCUGAAGAAGAAGAGAAACCCGCAGCACCCAAACGAAAAGCAGAAGCAGCUGUCGUCCCCGCCAAAGCUAAGAAAGCCAAAAAGGACAGUUCAGAUGAUGAGAGUUCAGAAUAUGAAAGUUCAGAAGAUGAGAAAUCAGCUCCUACCACACCCAAAGCAGCCCCAUUCGCCACCCCAUCAAAAGACUCAGAACCCGGAAGCAUAUUCUGUGGACGAUUAAGUUGGGACACAGACGCAGAAAGUCUGGCCAAAUUCUUUGCAGACAAUGGAUUCACAGUCGGUAAUGCCCGAAUUAUCUACGACAGAGAAACCGGAAAAUCGAAGGGUUUCGGUUAUGUAGAUUUUGACGACAAAGCUCAGAUGAAAAAAGCUUUAGAAUAUGACGGUUCAGAACUUGACGGCCGAACGAUCAGAUUGGACGAGAGCCAGCCCCGACAAGUUACCCCUGGAGGUCGAGGAGGAAGAGGUACCCCCCGAGGACGAGGUACCCCCGGACGUGGAGGUCGUGGGGCUCGUACCCCUAACCCUCCCAGUGCUAACAUGUUCAUCAAGGGUCUGUCUUGGGAUACCACUAAUGACUCUCUUCAUAAUGCGUUUGAUGGUGCUACUGGAGCCAGAGUUAUUACUGACCGAGACACCGGCGACUCUAAAGGGUUUGGUUACAUUGACUUCCCUGACGUAGCUACAGCUGAGAAAGCCUUUGCGAAAAUGCAGGGUGCCCAGGUAGAUGGCCGAGCAGUGACACUUGACUUUGCCACGCCUCGUGACAACAGCGGAGGAGAUCGAGGUGGUAGAGGUCGAGGAGGACGAGGAGGAUUCGGACGAGGAGGUGGUGGUGGAUUCAGCCGAGGAGGUCGAGGAGGCCGAGGAGGCUCGAACCCAGCAGCUGCAGCGAACAAAGGUGUCAUUCAGGACUUCGCCGGCAAGAAAAUGAAAUUCGACAGCGAUAGCGACUAAAUAAAGUCUUUUAACUGUUUUAGUAUUUUUAUACGAUUCAGAGCACAAUUUAAAUCGGCCUUUUUUCUUUUAUUAAGCUAAUUUAUUUAACUUAUUAAUAUAAUCAUUAUCCGAAAACAAUUCGCCGAACUUGAUUUCACGUUUUAACUUUUUGUCACAUCGUGACACGAUGUUGACUUAAUCUGAACAAAAGUCCGAACAUGACAUUUGCUCUGUUAUCACAAUUUUAUUUCCGACGAUGUACUUUUGAAACUGAAGUUACUGCUAAAGUGCUGUAUUUUUAAAAGUUUUAACUAAUUUAUUCUAUCCGUACGUGUGGGCUUAUAUUCAACAAAAUCUGUAGUGACUUGGGAAAUUUAUUGCGAUCCAGCUCUUGAGAUUGAUUAUUUUAAAGGUUCUGAACCAUAUUUUCUACUGAACGUUGGCCGUGGUUCGUGUUGUACUUUGGUCAUGUUUGUCAAUCUUCAACUUUGACACUUUUCAACCAUUUUAAA